UUCCCUUGAUUAAAAUGGUGGGUCCAAUUUCUCUUGUUCUUCCUUCUGCUUUCCUUUCCCUUCUCUUUCUUUCAUUGUCUCCCGCGAUCUCGUUCCUCUCCCUCCUCUCCAACGUUUAACCCCAAGCCCACCUCCACGCGCCGUCGAUAGCCUCUUCUCCGGCGAGAAACGCGCGACGGCGACGGCGCUGAACCAGAUCUGUGUAUCUGACCACACCUACGCUGUUACGAAUCCGCCCACUGCCACGCUACCAACGCCGAACUCCCCGUUUCGUGUUGCGCACCGUCGCGAUCUUUCACCAUUCUAAAUUUCGUAUUCAAACCCAAUUGUCGGCCGAAAUUGUCCGCAGCUCAAUUGUGCAAAACCAUCACGUGAUUCCGGGAUCCUCUGCUAUUCACUGCUCCUACCAAUACUCAAUUGGAUCCUCUAUCGCGGUCGAUGACGAGUAUUAGCUGGAGACUUUAUGUGCAAGCAUUAGCUGAUUGAAUUGUGGAUCUAUCGUUUGUUCUUGAAUGGCGUGGUUUAGUGGGAGGGUUUCUUUGGGUAACUUUGCGGAUCUUGCUGGUGCGGUAAAUAAGCUCCAAGAGAGCGUGAAGAAUAUUGAGAAGAAUUUUGAUUCUGCUCUUGGGUUUGAGGAGAAGCCGGAAUCCAGCAGUGAUGCUCCUGGAUUCUGGCAAUCAGCUUCUGAAGGGAAAACAAUCUUCGAUCCAGUCAGGGCAUUAAUUGGGGAGUCAUCAGAGAAACAGGAACUGCCAUCUUCACCAAGCCCCCCUGAAGUUACGGAGUCAUCAGAAAAACAGGACUCUUCACAGCUUCAACAUGAUUUGAAUGAAAAGGAAGGCAUUGAAAGUGAGCAGUCAGUUCCUUCUCCUUUAAAGGAACCAAUUUCUGAAAAUGAUGUUGAAGUUCCCACAGAAAAAGAUGACGAAAGGUCAGACGUACAACAGGAAAGCCAAGGAGAAGCAGAGUCUGAAUCACCAGUCACGCCUAUUGAAGUUCUUGGAUCUUCUGUCCAGAACCAUGAAGUAUUGGAAUCUUCUGCUGAAGCCAAUCAUGAAUCACCAAGAAUGUCUGUUGAAAGUCCUGAACCCACUGCUGAAAUUUCAGACUCCAUUCACAAUCUACAGCAGAAAGAGAUUUUAGAAGUGGAAACUUCCGAACAUCCAGAGAAUGGUGCCAAGUUAGGGGGAACGGAUGUAUAUCAAGAUGAAGGAAGUAAUGAGCUGUCGGUUGAAUCUCAGAGUUCUUCUGAUGUAAUAUUGCUAGCAGAUAGGACAAAUGAACCAAUGGUUGAGGUAGAGAGCACCGAUAAAUUAAAAUCAGAAGUAAAGGAGCCCUUAAAACUGAUUCCACAGGUUGAAGUUGAGUCAUUUGAUGAUAACCAGGGUGAAGGUGGUAGUGAAACUUCUAGCGUAAAUUCUGGUAGCACUGAGGUAAAAGAAGGCCCUCGGGAAUUGUCAAGUGCCCCAUUCUUUGAGGACGCUUCUCCGCGAAUUUCUAGUUCAGAUUCUAAUGUAAGUGAUCUAACAAUUAAAGCAAAUGAAACGGAGCAGCAACCUAAAGAUAGUGAGACAGAAACCAAAAGGCAAGGUUUGAGCUCAGAGGAAAAUAUACCUAGUCAUUUAGAUUCUGCGCUUGAACUAGAGAAGGUGAAGGCUGAUAUGAAAAUGAUGGAAACAGCAUUGCAAGGUGCAGCAAGACAAGCUCAGGCAAAGGCUGAUGAUAUAGCGAAAUUGAUGAAUGAAAAUGAGCAUUUGAAUACUGUGAUUGAAGAAUUAAAGAAAAAAUCGAGUGAUGCGGAAAUUGAAUCGUUGCGAGAGGAAUACCAUCAGAGAGUCUCAACUCUUGAAAAGAAGGUAUAUGCUCUUACUAAGGAGAGGGAUACACUUAGGAGGGAGCAAAGUAGAAGGAGUGAUGUGGCUGCUCUUUUGAAGGAAAAAGAUGAAAUAAUUAAUCAAGUUAUGGCAGAAGGCGAGGAGCUUUCAAAGAAGCAGGCUGCUCAAGAAUCUCAGAUUAGGAAAUUAAGGGCCCAGAUAAGAGAGCUUGAAGAAGAGAAGAAGGGAUUAAUUACCAAGCUUCAGGUGGAAGAAAAUAAAGUAGAUAGCAUCAAGAGGGACAAAACUGCUACAGAGAAGUUGCUGCAAGAAACAAUAGAAAAGCACCAAACAGAACUAGCAGCACAGAAAGAGUACUAUACAACUGCCUUAACUGUUGCCAAGGAGGCCGAAGCGCAAGCAGAGGCACGUGCAAACAGUGAAGCCAGAACUGAGCUAGAAAGUCGUCUUAGGGAGGCUGAGGAGCGUGAAACAAUGCUAGUUCAGACACUUGAAGAAUUAAGACAAACAUUAAGUAGAAAGGAGCAGCAGGCUGUCUUUAGAGAAGACAUGCUUCGUAGGGACAUCGAGGACCUUCAAAAGCGUUACCAAGCAAGUGAGCGACGAUGUGAGGAAUUGAUCACUCAAGUCCCAGAGUCUACAAGGCCACUUUUAAGGCAGAUUGAAGCAAUGCAGGAAACAACUGCUAGAAGGGCAGAAGCGUGGGGUGCUGUUGAAAGAUCUCUUAACUCUAGACUUCAGGAAGCAGAAGCCAAAGCUGCUGCUGCUGAAGAGAGAGAACAAUUUGUAAAUGAACGCUUGUCCCAAACCUUAUCUAGAAUUAAUGUUCUCGAGGCGCAGGUCUCAUGCCUUAGAGCAGAACAAACUCAAUUAAGCAAAACCCUCGAAAAGGAGAGACAGCGAGCAGCUGAAAUCAGGCAGGAAUAUCUUGCAGCAAAAGAGGAAGCUGACACUCAAGAGGGUCGUGCAAACCAACUUGAUGAAGAAAUCAGGGAUCUUCGAAGGAAACACAAGGAAGAGUUGCAAGAGUCUCUUAGGCAUAGAGAGCUGCUGCAGCAGGAGAUUGAAAAGGAGAAAACUGCCAGAUCAGAUUUGGAGAGGAAAGCUCAUCUCCAUUCUACUGCUGUGGCUGAUCCUAGCCCCAUAAAACGGCAUAAUUCGACUUUUGAGAAUGGUGACUUGGCACGUAAGCUCUCAAGUUCUUCUAGCCUAGGAAUCAUGGAGGAAAGCUAUUUUCUUCAAGCGUCUUUAGGCUCAUCUGAAAGUUUAUCUGAUAGGAAAAUUGUUGGGGACGUAGCCAUGAGUCCAUACUAUAUGAAAAGCAUGACUCCUAGUUCUUUUGAGGCUGCUCUCCGUCAGAAGGAAGGAGAACUUGCAUCUUAUGUCUCUCGAUUGAAAUCGCUGGAAUCUAUCCGUGACUCUCUUGCUGAGGAGCUAGUGAAGUUAACGUCACAGAGUGAGAAGUUAAGAGCAGAGGCUGCUAUGCUACCUGGCAUACGAGCAGAACUUGAAGCGCUAAGGAGAAGGCACUCGGCUGCGCUAGAGCUUAUGGGAGAACGUGAUGAGGAGCUGGAGGAACUUCGUGCAGACAUUGUUGACUUGAAGGAGAUGUACAGAGAACAAGUAAACUUGCUUGUGAACAAGAUUCAGACGAGUUCAUCAAUGGGUACAGCAUGAGAAGUGAUUUUGUAUAGCACAACAGAGCUAUGCGAGUGGUUAAAAACAGGGCCAUUGUGAUCGAGACGGGGAGUAUUAAGAUUUUGUGCAUGUACCGAACAGUAUAUACUUGAACCGAAACUGAAAUCUUUUUGAACGUGUUACAUAAUUCCCAACCGCAUUGUAAUUUUACAGUAUACCUUCAUUUUUAGUGUACUUAUUACAGUAUACAGUGAUGGUUUCAAAGCUUGAAUAAGAUCCAAUAUAUUUGACUUAUGAAUUA